CUGACAGACAGACCAAAGACUGACCAUGAAUGCACUAACUGACAUGCUGUAGAUACAGUGUGACUGUGGUGUAAAUUUGCCUUAAUGUGAUGAAGUUAGUGACUAAGUCAGCCAUGAGCUCAAACACGCUGUCUGCUGUGAUAGAGAAGCUGAUUCGCAGCCUGUGUCUGAAUGACUUUCCCUGUGGAAAUGGCACAUGGAGAAACACCAAAGGGAGUGCGGAGCGAGCAGAGAUGGAGUCCACGGAUGCUCUCCUGGAUCUGCUGAGCUGCCCUCGUUCUCCAUGGCGCCAUGAUGUCAUGUGGAGCCCUCAAGCUUUGCCUCUCAGACAGCUGGCUGUGCUCACACCUGAACGCCUGCACGCCCCCUUUAUUUACAACUACUUCACUUCACUUCGUAUUGUUGACAGAGACGUAACAGCCAUUGACGGUGGCCUGUUGAAGUUCUCAAAGCUGGAGGAGCUGGUGCUGAGUGCUAACAAAAUCUCAGAGGUACCCACAGCAAACCUUCCCGGCACGUUAAAGAUUUUGGAGCUACGUGCAAACCGGCUGUCGUCUUUAGACAGCCUCGCCAGCGGUGCUCCUCCCCGCCUGCAGUACCUCGGCCUCAGCUCAAACACUCUGGGUUCCCAAAACGAUGUCGCUCAUCUUACUGGAAGACACUGGCCACAGCUGGUGUGUCUGGACCUCAGCGACUGCGGGUUUCAGGACCAGCAAGCUCUGCUAAAUGGCUUGAGCACCCUGCCUUGCCUCAGGACGCUGCUGCUGGAGGGAAAUCCUUUCACGCUUGCAUCCUCAUACCCAGGACUGACUGUGGACAGCCUCCCGCAGCUUUCCUGUCUGGACACCUCAUGGAUUUCCCCGGAGGAGAGGCAUCGCUUUAGGGGCUUGGCCAAGAUGAGUGACCUGGCAGUAGACAUAGCGUCAGCCACAGUGAGCGUGGGCAGGAUGACGGGAAUUCCAGAUCCUCGGAUGACUGUGGAUGACAAAGCUCCCAAUUUCCCUGUGGUCAGCUACCGUUAUUUUAUCACCUACGAGUCCCUGAGACAUCAGACACCUGCUCACUCGAAAAUUAACACUGAGACAAAAUUUGAUGCAAGAUCUGUGACUGAAGGCCAACGAUCAAACGAGAACUGCGAAAAACAGACGUCCAAACAAGACAGCGGCAUUUUGAACUCAGAGAAAUCUAGUUGUGGCAACACAUGUGCAGUGUUAAGGCACACCACAUCCAAGCUGUCGUGGUCAGAGAGCAUGGACUUCGGUGACACGCAAACCCACACCGUGAGCGCUCUGGGAGAUUUAAAGAAAUUCCUCAAUCGGGGACUGCGUUUAAGCUUAGAGGAAGAAAAGGUCCUGUCAUGGCCUGCUGCUUCUGAAGAAGUCCCGCUGACCAAAGCCAACCAACCUGGAAAAGAGAAGAAAGGCAGGAGGGAGAAAGAAUCUCCAGUUAAAUCUGAUUUCACCAAGUCUAAAGACAAAAAUAAAAAAUCUGUACCUGAGCUGGUCCAAGAUGCCCCGAUCAGACGAAUCCUUGGCUCUGUGCACAUCCCCCUGCAAAGCCUGGUCAGAGGAGGCCAGCAGGUUAAAGUCCUCUGUGACUUUGGCGUGCUGCACACAGACUCUGAGGUAGAAGCGACACAAACACAUCAAAAGGAUUUGGGAAGGAAAAACAAAGAGGACAAGAAGGAGGACAAGGAAACAAAAGGGAGACAGCACAAUGCAGCAUCGUCAAAAGAUAAAGAGAAGAGGGCGCUUGAGGUGCAAGACUCAAUAACCAGCCAACCAGUGAUUGUGGAGCUGAUUGUGGAGCUGAAGAAAUGGCAGACUGCGUCUGAAGCUCACCACUUCCUCCUGCCACAAACCUCCUAAGGCGGACUGCUCUCCCUGGGGUCCGUUUGUCCUUCCGUCCUUCCUUCCUCAUGACUGUUAACUGUGACGGUACCGUUGAGAUAACUGCAUAAUAAAUUUCUUGCCUCCUCAAAGUACCGUCUUAUCAGGCUGCUGUAUUUGCAUCCUAUUCAGGACUGCAUGUGCUGUGUGCAUUUAAGUGGACUGGAAAAUGUCCGUACUUAGGGCUUAUUCAGAACUUUAAAUUAAAUAUCAUACCCAACUUUGUGUUCAUGUGACGUGGAAAAACCAUCCGGACUGACAGAUUCCUUUGAACUACAUGGAAGCUAUUUUUUGAAAUUAGUUUUUAAAUCCACUCAGUGAAUCACCAUCUUGUGGUGGUGGAGAGGUUUGUGUGUCUCAGUGAGACCAGGGGCUAUGUUGCUGAGGGGUUUUUGCCCCAAAGCAAAUUAGUCCUGUAUGAAGGGCCAGACAAAGAGUGAUUCAGAGGACCCCUGUAGAAGGAAAGAAAUCAAGGGAGCGAAUUACUGUGCCCAAGAUGGGGUUACCAGGGCCCCUGCCCUGGAGCCAGGCCUGAGGAGGGUGGUCCGCUGCACCCAGCCACUCCAGUACAGUGGGUUUAGUGAUGGAGAAUGUCAGCACUGAACCCCGUUAGUCUAACUUGUUAUAUUUUUUUAAGUGACAGAAAGCAGUUGCGGUAACUUUAUUAAAUUAUUAAAGUGAUUAUCAAAGCUUAGAUCACUGUCGAAAAAUAAUGCCAAACUUCCUAACUUGUUCACUGUGUUUCAGAGAAAAGA